UCAAUUGCAGCCGCUACGUGUCACAUGUUCACUGCAACAUGGCUGCCACCAUAGAGUGUGGAGCUGAUGUAAAUACUUCAAGUAACAAUAUGUCCCUAAAGAGAGCUCUGUCUGCAGCUUCCCCCCUCACUCUGCGCAUCGUUGCUCAAUGCCCGGUGACCAAAGCAAGAGCUUGUGAUCUAAUACUGCCACACUGCGCCGUGAGCACCCCGGUCUUCAUGCCCGUGGGUACCCAGGGCACUCUGAAGGGAAUCACCGUGGAUCAGCUGGAGGGUCUUGGAUGUCAGAUUUGUCUUGGAAACACGUACCACCUGGGCAUGAGACCGGGGCCUGAUUUAAUCGAGAAAGCCAAUGGGUUGCAUGGGUUCAUGAACUGGAAGAGGAAUCUUUUAACUGACAGCGGUGGGUUUCAGAUGGUGUCUCUUGUUGAGCUCUCAGAGGUCACCGAGGAAGGAGUAAAGUUCAAGUCCCCCUACGACGGCAAAGAGAUCCUCCUAAGUCCUGAGAAAUCCAUCAGCAUACAGAACAGUCUCGGGUCAGACAUCAUGAUGCAGCUGGACGAUGUGGUCAGCAGUACGGUGACGGGACCACGGGUGGAGGAGGCGAUGCACAGAUCCAUUCGUUGGCUGGACCGCUGUAUAGCAGCCAAUAAAAAUCCACACAAACAGAACCUUUUUGCCAUCAUCCAAGGAGGGUUGAAUGCAGAGCUGCGCAAAGCCUGUCUAGAUGAAAUGACUCAACGCGACGUUCCCGGUUUUGCCAUCGGCGGCCUGAGUGGAGGAGAGGAAAAGGACGACUUCUGGCAGAUGGUCACACUGAGCACUGACCAUCUGCCAAGAGAAAAGCCUCGAUACCUGAUGGGUGUGGGGUACGCUGUGGAUUUGGUGGUGUGUACAGCUCUGGGAUGUGACAUGUUUGACUGCGUGUUCCCCACCCGCACUGCAAGGUUUGGCUCUGCCUUGGUGCCUUGGGGGUCCCUCCAGGUAAAACAUAAGCAGUAUGCCAAGGACCUCCGGCCCAUAGACCCAGACUGCCAGUGUCCCACCUGCAAGAGACACAGUCGGGCAUACCUCCAUGCUCUGUUCAAGAGUGACACUGCUGCCAUGCAUCACAUCACUAUCCAUAACAUUGCCUACCAGCUCACCCUGAUGCGCUCUGUGAGAGAGAGCAUUGUGGAAGGCCGCUUCCCUGACUUUAUACGGACGUUCAUGAAGCGAAUGUUUCCCUCUCGUGACCAGUACCCCGGCUGGGCUGUGGACGCUCUGGCCUCCGUCAACAUCACUCUGGAGUAGAACCUGGAAGGCAGCUUUUACUCAAAAUGGGGAUAAAUGUCAAAAAGUGACUGAAAGAUUUAAUAUCUUUUAAAUGACUUUUUUUUAUAAAUGGAUAAUUGUUUUCUACUCGUUGUUUAUAUUUGUAUAUGCAUUGCCAGUUUUGUUGGCAAUGAGGAAAAUUUCUUUUGCAACAACCUGCUUUACUCAACCUCUGCAAAUUGUCCUCAGAGUACACAUUAUGAUAAUGUGAGACUGAAUGGGGUUUAAAUGAGGUUUGAAACACAUGAACUAUCUCCUCUGAUAUGCUCAGACACUUUUUGUUGUUACCAUGACUACACAGCUAGGCCCACCCACUUGAAAUGAAAUGUUUUGCCUUCUUGUCAACCUCCUGUUUUAUUUUUUUUUCUGCCUGAGUGCAUUACAGAGGUAUUUCAGAAUUAAUAAAUGUGUAUGCAUUCUGGUGUUUUAACCCACAUCUCAA